UAGUUGACGCGGCUUCCGGGGCUGCUUGGACCGCAGUAAAUAUGGCGGCGGCCGCGGCGGUGGGAAGCCUGAGGCGAGCGGGCUGGGGGCUGCUCCGCUCCCAGGAGGUUUUCAGACGCCAGCUGUAUCCAGCCCAGCGUGCCUUCCGUGUUGCAGCCGUGCAGUGCAGAGUUUCCGAUGAGCAGAAACGGGAGCCUCCUGCAUCUCCCACCCAGGAGCACGUGGAGUCCCCGCCAGUGGGGGAACACCAUGAUCCAGAGUACCCUCACUCUCGCCCCAGUUACACUGAUCAGGGUGGCGAAGAAUCUGAAGGGUACGAGAGCGAGGAGCAGCUGCAGCACCAGAUCCUGACGGCGGCGCUGGAGUUCGUGCCUGCUCACGGCUGGACGGCCGACGCCAUUGCGGAAGGAGCCAAGUCACUGGGUCUCUCUGUUGCUGCAGCUGGGCUGUUUCACAACGAUGGGAGCGAACUGGUCCUGCACUUUGUCUCCCAGUGCAACACGAAACUCUCCGAACAUCUGGAGGAGCAACACAAGCUGGUGCAGCUGGGCCAGGCCGAGAAGAAGAAGACAGACCAGUUUCUCAAGGAGGCCUUAGAAGCCAGGCUGAGGAUGCUCAUCCCAUAUAUUGAGCAAUGGCCCCAGGCGAUCAGCGUGCUGUUGCUGCCCCACAACAUACCAGCCAGCCUAAACCUCCUGACGAGCAUGGUGGAUGACCUGUGGCACUACGCCGGAGACCAGUCCACGGAUAUCAGCUGGUACACUCGUCGAGCGGUGCUGGCCGGCAUUUACAACACCACGGAGCUGGUGAUGAUUCAGGACACCUCUCCGGACUUCGAGGACACCUGGUUGUUCCUUCAAAACAGAAUCGCCGAUGCCAUGAACAUGGGCCACACAGCUAAACAGGUGCAGGCAACGGGAGAAGCCCUUGUCCAGGGACUGAUGGGAGCUGCUGUUACUAUAAGGAAUCUCACGGGAUUGAACCAGCGUCGGUGAAGAGGUGGUGGAAUGGCUGGAAGAGGAAACGUCUUGUCUAAAACCUGCUAAGGAACGGGACAUGCUCCAGGGAUCAGACUGUUAAGAACGCUAAACCUGUCACAACUUCUAUUGUAACACAGGCACACAGAAGCCACCAGCUUUGGUGUCAGAACCGUCUCUUCUCUGGACUGGGUGUAAAUGACAAAAUCGGGUUCUCUUGCCAUGCCAUCUACGCUGAUGCGUAACCUGUCCAGCAAAAUAAAAUAAUGCCCAGGGCCCCAUGUUUAGCAAACAGUGUGCAAUAAGGUAACUUUGGGGACCCAGAAGCCUUAUGCAUCAUCGGCGGAGAGGGCAGAGCAGGAUGGGUUUGAUCCAGUCUCGCCCAAGAGAAAAUACAUCACUACCUACUCCUUGUUGCUUGUCCGGCUUUCGACUAAUGAGAUCAAAUGGGGCUGCCAAUUGUCAGGGCUCCUUGUUGUGGUGGUCACUGUAUUCACAGCUCUCAGUGUCUCAUUUCUUCUGUUCCUGGGCAUGGAUGUGACUGUAAAUUAAUAGUAAUAAUAAAAACGGAUUGGUUUUCUCUGCAA